AUGGCUCUGGCAUUCCGUGGUGCUUUAAGAUCUGUGGCGAGGAGGCUCCAAGUGCGUAGCUAUGCAGAUGCUCCUAAAGGUGACGAAAUGGCACUCACAUUUGCUGCUGGCAACAAGGUAUUCUAUGACAAAAAAGUUGUCAAGCAAGUUGAUGUGCCAUCUAUGAGCGGAGCAUUCGGUAUCCUGCCUAAACAUGUCCCCACACUCGCUGUCCUGCGCCCUGGUAUUGUUACUGUGACGGAAAAUGAUGGAAAAGUUAGCAAAAUCUUUGUAUCUUCUGGCACGGUCACAGUUAACGAUGAUUCCUCCGUUCAGGUCCUUGCUGAGGAAGCCCAUCCUCUGGAAAACCUUGACCGAGGUGCAGCCCAGGAGGCCCUUAGCAAAGCUCAGUCUGAAUUAAGUUCCGCUGGUAACGAAAAGGCCAAGGCUCAGGCAGCUAUCGCCGUAGAAGUCGCCGAGGAGAUUGUCAAGGCUGCGUCUGGUUAA